AUGUUCACCACGUCUUCUGGUGAAACCUCUGGCGACAUCUUCUCUGCCAUCUCCACUUCCGAGCCCAUCUCGCUGUUUUCUCAGAAAGCCUCUACGGUGUCUGUGCCCAGCGGGGUGACAAAGAAUGGUGCCGUCCAGACAAACAACUUUUGGGGUAAUCUGACCCUCGGUGACCAAACCUCCUAUGUUUACACUCACCCUUACUCCCUGUGGUACUCCACUAAAUCCGACUAUGAGGGGCUGGCUGUGUCCCACCAGACUGCCAGCCAGCGGGUCUACGGUGAAACCGACGAGGAAGGUGCUGCAUCGUACUUCUACGCCCCGGCGGGCAACAUCUCGCUGUGUCUGGGCUCGAGCGAUUUCGACUCCAACGUCUCGCUCAAGCUCGCCAACCUCAAGAAGAUGUCUAUCGACGUGACCGUCAUGUCGAAAAGCGCCGGCUCGUUCACCGCCACCCUCGUCCAGGGCAUGGGCUUUGUGUCUGCCGUGUACAACGACCUGAUCCCCGAGAUCCAUUCCGGCGUCGGCAUCAAGUCCGUCACUGGCGACACAGCCCCGCGCUCCGGAACCGACAAGUACAAGAUCGUGCUCAACGACGGCUCCACCUGGGUCAUGUACGUGACCUUCAGCGACAACCAGUCGUGCAAGUUCGCGCUCAAGGACUCCAACCACAUCAUCGGCUCCAAUUCGAUCAACAACUGCGUUAUCCAGGUCGCGUGCGGCGACGAUAGCGCCUAUGACAAAGCCGCUGGGUGCUAUCCGACCUCUGUGACGUUGAGCGCGUCCGUGUCGGGCUCCACAGCCACCUACGCGUUCGAGUACGCCACCUCCGGCUCCUCCAACAAUGGCACCACCAUCAUGUACGCCAUGCCGCACCAGAGCGACUCGUUCACCUCGACCACCUCUGGCGCCAAGACUUCGGCCACGCUCGACGACACCGUCCACGGCGUCAUGACCGCGUACCUCUCCAACAAGUUCGAGAUGUCCGAAACGCUCACCACCAGCAUUGGCAAGGACCCCUGGAGUGCCAUCUCCGGCUUCUCGUCGCCGUCGUACUCUGACUCUGAACUGUCCGCCAUCAAGGCCGCCGCCGCCGACGAGUACAACGCAGACGUGUACUCGUACACAGACCUCGACUCGAUGUACACCUCGGGCAAGAUUCUCGACAAGUACGCGUACGUGCUGUAUGUGUGUCACUACGUACUGAAAGAUUCCGACAAGACGAGUACGCUGCUGGCGUCGCUGAAAAAGGCCAUCGAGCGGUUCAGCGGCAACAGCCAAAAGUACCCGCUGUGCUACGAGACCAACUGGGGUGGAAUCUGCUCGACGGGCGGCAUGUCCGACGGCGACACGUCGAUCGACUACGGUAACGCGUUCUACAACGACCACCACUUCCACUAUGGCUACCACAUCCACGCCGCCGCGCUGUGUGCGCUCGUCGACGCCGACCUGGGCGGGUCGUGGGCCAGCAGCGUCAAGGACUGGGUCAACUCUUUGGUGAGAGACGUGGCCAAUCCGUCGAGCGAAGACUCUCACUUCCCGGUCUUCAGAAACUUUGACUUUUAUCUCGGCCACUCCAUCGCGCACGGAAUCACCGUGUACGCGGACGGCAAGGACGAGGAGAGCUCGAGCGAGGACUACAAUUUCGCGUACGCCAUGAAGAUUUGGGCCUCUGUCAUCAAUGACACCAACAUGGCGAACCGGGCCGACCUGAUGCUCGCCAUCUCGAAAAGAGCCAUGAACGUCUACUUUCUGUACACGCAGGACAACACGGUGAUGCCCUCGAAGUUUAUUGGCAAUUACUGCAGCGGAAUCUGGUUUGAGAACAAGAUCGCGCACACCACGUACUUUGGAACCAACAUCGAGUACAUCCACGGCAUCCACAUGCUGCCAAUCACACCUGUCUCGUCUCUGAUCAGAGGUCCGACGUUUGUCAAGGAGGAGUGGGAAAAUGUGCUGAGCUCAAAGAUCGGCAACGUCACGGACGGCUGGAAGGGCAUUUUGAUGCUGAACGUCGCGCUGUACGACCCGGCCACCUCGUACAACUUCUUCAGCGGGUCCGACUUCUCGACCAACUACCUGGAUAACGGUAUGUCCAAGACGUGGUCUCUGGCCUACACUGCAGCUGUGAACAACUAG